UGUUAUUUGCAAAACCUAAAAAUCGCACCCUGAUUUUAUUCCUAAUCAACAUCAAUUUUUCUUUCUAGGGUUCUUACUUCUUCCUUUCGAUUUUCCUUCUCAUUUAAUUUGCAUACUUGGCAAAUAUUCAUCUAUACUCGCUCGAGAAUCUCAGUUAUUUGGUGCUUACUAACUUACAGGUUUGGAUCUACUACGUUUACAACUGAAUUAUCCCUAACAAUCACAAUUUCUCCCAGUAAUUGCUUCAAAAAUAUCGUAAUGGAGAAUGCAAACGAGGAUCGAACACCACCAGAUUCUGUUGAAACUUCAGAUGAUGUGAAAAAAUACUGUGUUCAACAAAGAGAAGCUUUACCUGGAGAACCUAUAUGCAUAGAGUGUGGCCGGUUCGGUGAAUAUAUAUGCGAUGAGACCGAUGAUGAUAUUUGCAGCCUUGAAUGUAAGCAGAAACUCUUGCUUAGAAUUAAACAACCCAAGUUGCCAACUGAACUCCCACCGCAUCUAGUAAGAUUACCCGCCACCGAUGAAUGCGUUUAUGUUCAAGAUGGUAUUGCCAAAUCAGAGACUCGGUCAUUAACCACGAACCAAACAGAAGCGAUCAGGGCUAAGUUUGAGAUUGUUGUAAGGGGUAAUGGUGUUCCGCCUGUUCCACCUCCGGUUUUAUCUUUCGCUCAUUGCGAUCUUCCACAUAAGCUCCUGCAGAACAUAGAGUCUGCAGGGUAUGAAAUCCCGACGCCGGUUCAAAUGCAGGCGAUUCCUGCUGCUUUGAAGGGUCAAAGCCUGCUUGUUUCAGCGGAGACUGGUUCGGGAAAAACAGCGUCGUAUUUGAUUCCCAUAGUUUCUUAUUGUGCAAAUUUUAGGAAAGAGGCGGUUGCGGUUACAAACUUGAAAAAGCCGUUGGUGAUGGUGUUAACGCCAACGAGGGAACUUUGCAUACAAGUUGAAGAACAAGCUAAGGUUCUCGGAAAGGGUUUGCCGUUUAAAACAGCAUUAGUGGUUGGUGGUGAUGCAAUGCCGAAACAGAUCCAUCGUGUACAGACUGGAAUAGAAAUGAUUGUCGGUACGCCUGGCAGGCUUAUUGAUCUUUUAACCAAAUACGAGAUUGAAUUAGACAGUAUCUCGGUGUUGGUGAUAGAUGAAGUGGACUGCAUGCUCCAAAAGGGCUUUCGUGAACAGGUUAUGCAGAUUUACAGGGCUUUAUCUCAACCUCAAGUUUUGUUGUACUCUGCAACGGUUCCAGUUGAAGUUGAAAAGAUGGCAAGUUCGUUAGCAAAAGAUGUCAACAUCAUCACCGUUGGAAAGAUAAAUAAACCGAACCAGGCUGUGAAGCAGGUGGUCAUAUGGGUCGAGUCGACCCGAAAAAAGAAAAAGCUUUUUGAUAUAUUGACUAGCAGACAGCAUUUUAAGCCGCCUGCCAUAGUGUUUGUUGGGUCAAGACUCGGGGCGGAUCUACUUUCUGAGGCUAUAACUUUAACUACUGGGUUAAAAUCAUUGGCCAUUCAUGGUGAAAAGAGCAUGAAAGAAAGGAGGGAAGCUUUAAAUUUGUUUAUGCUAGGUGAGAUUCCAGUGGUUGUGGCAACCGGGAUAUUAGGUCGAGGGAUUGAUCUUUUGCUUGUAAGACAAGUUAUCGUGUUUGACAUGCCAAAUUCCAUUAAGGAAUAUGUUCACCAGAUUGGUAGAGCGUCUAGAAUGGGAGUUGAGGGUAGUUCGAUUCUAUUUGUUAACGAGGAGAACAGGAAUUUGUUUCCGGAGUUGAUUGGAAUUUUGAAAUCAUCUGGGGCUGCUAUACCUCGGGAGAUUACGAAUCCUAGGCAUUCAGCAGCAGCCUCGUUACCUAGCAACAGGGGCAACAGGAAAAGGAAGGCCAAAUACUAAACUGUUAAAACGAUUUGGUACAUGUUUUUGCCAGAUCAGGUGUUGCAGCAGAUUGAUUUUCAAGAACAAUGUGUGUACAUCUUAUCUGAUGAUGACUCGGAUUAUGGGCACCGAGAAUGUUAAAAUGUCAAAGUGCUUCUAUAGAACUGUGAUAUGGCACCCAACAUAUGUAGAUGGAGCAUCAAAAGAUCCUUUUUUUAAGAAUUAAAACUAAGUUAAUGAUUUCAUUGAACAAAUGUUGUUGGUGUUAGAUUGUUUGGUAAGUUAAAUAUGUGAAGUUCGAUUCACUCUUGUAAUGGAGAUUUAAUACAGUGGGUGUCUUUACAUAAUCCAACAGUGUACCCAACUUUGCAUGUUUGAUCUGUUAUUGUAAUGAGUUUCGUAUGUAAUGAUUCGUCUAACUUCUU